AAUAGGUCAGUGUGUCGGAGGCGGCGAGUCGUGGCGUUGAGACGGUGCGUAUGUGUAAAGGCAGAAGGUUGGUGGGUGGCCGUGAGUGAAGACGAGACGAGCGGCUUAGCUUGCUGUUCAUGUCUACACUACGUUGAGGAAACACAACGUCAUCAAGUUUCAAUCAACAAAAAGAAUACUCAUUAUAAAUUACAAGCAAUACGUUAAUAAGCAAAUCAGAUAUUAUACCGAGGCGAUGGUGGCUGUGGGUGCACUAAUGAUGGUGGUGGUGGUGGUGGCGCUGGCCGUGGUCUGUGAAGCAAGUGAUAGUGGUGAUGAGAUGACGACCUCUGAUGUGGCCGGUGUUGUCCUGGAGCAGAUUCAGUCACACCUGACCUCAGCAUCCUACAGCCUGCAGGGGCGGAUGUACGGCAGCUGCACAGACUCGUUCAGCAUUUUUGGAUUCCUGGCGUUCUUGCUGGCGCUGCUGGAUCUCGUGAUGGAGCUCCAGAAUAUGGAUGAGACCACGGCCGAGACAGAGAGACGACGCAGGGAGGUGAUGGGCAAAGCUCAGAAUCAAGUCACCGAUUUGACCUGUCAGGAUCUGGAGAUGCAAGAAGCGGCCUCAGCCAGUUACAGUCUCCUGCGCGGCUUCCUCAACGCCUUGACAGCGCAGGACCAGGAAUGUGCCAAUAAGUUUGUAUGUGAAGGUGCUGAAGAGGCCGCUGCCGCCGGGCCUCUUGGGGAGGUGGUGGCCAGAGUAGCAAGUCUGAACGCUGCCUCGUGGCUGCUGAAGGUCAACUCAACAUUGUUUGCCGGGACGGAAGAAGCAGGUCAAGCUGGGGCACGGAAAGGAGGGUGCGCUCUUCGCUUUUCUCAGUGCCUCGUGGUGCCACCCGCCUACCGCUCUCCAGGUGUGUCCCGUGAUGAGGCGCUGCCUGCCCUCACCUAUCAGUCAGUCCUGGAAGAGAUAAUGAAUGUGGCGAGUCUCACGCUUCUCUGACCAGCGGGGAUCACCAUUCAAACGACUGGAUGGCUUGAGUGGUGUCACCAUGCAUACCCUUAGCAUGAUAGCCGGGUUCCUUACUGUCAUCAGCUACAGGAAAUUAUUAAAAAAAAUUGCUCGUGAGGGCUGCAUAUAAAUACUUGUAUAUAAUACGAUAUAUG